AUGAAAAAAAAUAAUAAUGGACAAACCGUCCUUCAUAAAGCAGCAUGUUAUAAUAGCAAAGAAACAGCGGAACUUCUUAUUUCACAUGGAAUAAAUAUCAAUGAAAAAAAUAAUUAUGGAGAAACCGCCCUUCAUAUUACAGCAGAAAAUAAUAGUAAAGAAAUCGCUGAACUUCUUAUUUCACAUGGUGCACAAAUAUAA